AUGGCUACAUCCACCGUCGAGAUCAAGACACUCACGUCAGCCUCCCUCGGGCCAGAAGACUGUCUCGACUUCUACCAGAACCCGUACACGGCGCUAGGCAAGCUUCAAGAUGCUGGGAAAGACAAAGACAUUGUGCCACCAGUGACGACGGAGAAACCACAUGCAGUCGAUGGUGACAUGGACGACGUCGAUUGGCAAGACUACGAACCUCCCACGGCUCUCAGAAAAACGCCCAACGUCACAUCGCAGGUUCUCCUUGACAUUGUCUUCUCUUCCAUCGAGAAUGUCAAAAGUCGGGUAGCUGGAGAGCAGCGCUUGAGAAAGGAGGCUGCAGACGAAGCUGCUGCUCGUCUGGCAGCGAAAGAGAAGCACAAGGCUAAAGGAAAGGAGCCGUAUCUGCCCAUUAUCAUUCCAUCUGAGGGACCGCCAGCCGAGCCAUCAAGGCCCAGCUUCAAAGGUCCAGCACCGGAGUCGACCGUCUCCGGUGGCCAGGAAGCCCCAACCAAGGCAGAAAAGAUCGAGAAGCGUCGAAAGUUUGCUCUUCGCAACUUGUUCCAGCGCAAUCAUCCGGACGGGGGCGAGAGCAGUGCGGCCGGGCAUGCGCGAGAGGCUCUUCGAAACAAGAUCGAGGCCCAGAUCCAGUCAGUCGACCCGAAAUCAGCCAACCCAAAGACGUUGGAAGCCAUUGCUGUCCUCAGGAAGACGAAGCUGUUCAAGACUGCGGAUGCCAAUGCCCUCGUAGAAUGCGUUUCGUGCCUCGACGAUGUUGCCGUCAAAGACACAGUCAAGGCUCCGUGCCAUAGCUACUGCCGUCCCUGUUUCGUCCGUCUGGUAUCGGCAGCAGUCCAGACCGAACAGCAGUGGCCGCCAAAAUGCUGCUUGAACCAGAUCCCCUUCAAGACCGUUCUCAAGAACAUCCCCGAGGACCUCAAAAGAAGGUUCCACGAAAGGUCGUCAGAAUGGGAGAUUCCCGUCAGCGAGCGGGUAUACUGCCACCACGCCGACUGCGGCGUCUGGAUCAAGCCCGGCAGUAUCAGUCUCACCAGGCGUCAGGCCCGUUGCGAGCACGGCCAUGUCACCUGUACCAUCUGUCGCUGUCAGGCUCACGGGAACGACGAAUGCCCUCAAGAUCGGGACCUCAAUCUGACCAACCUGCUGGCAGAGGAAGAAGGUUGGAAGCAUUGUUUUUCCUGCCAUGCUUUGGUGGAACACAAAGAGGCCUGUCAGCAUAUGACGUGCAGAUGCGGUGCUCAGUUCUGCUACGUCUGCGGCCUGCGCUGGAGGACAUGCGGCUGCACGAUCGAGCAGCUACACGCCAUCAAGGAGGCGGCCGAAGCCCGCAGGGCACAAAGGCUCGUGGACGAGCGGGCGGAAGCAGAAGAGCUACGUGAGAUGCUCGCACAGAUUGAAGAAUUUGAGCGUCAGGAGGCUUUGAGGCUGGAGAUUGAACGACUGGAGAAGGAAAGGCUGGAGAUGGAACGAUGGCAGGCUGAAGUGGAGGAGAGGCUCAGGAUGGAGCAGGUUCGCCGCCAGGAGAUUGAGAUCAAGUAUCAGCAGCUGCGCGAGAUGCUGAAUGGGCUAAACGAGCUCCAGCAGAUCAUGGCCGACGCAAGACAAGACGAGAGCACCAAGGAUCUGGCUGUGGAAGCCGAAGUGGCCAAAGGCCAACUCAAAGAGAAGCAGCAGGCCGAGCGCGAGAGCCUCGACUCGCUGUUAUCGACCAAGCUCAGGGCCAGAGAGGACCAAUACGAUAAAGAGUACGCUGCUCGAGCAGCCUGGGAGCGCCAACUGGAGGAAGAUUAUCUGGCACAGCUCCGCAGCUUCUGGGCCGACAAGGUCGACGGGGGAGAGGAACGGGUGCAGGCAAGCAUGCUGCCCUUGCGCCAGCGCAUGGACGUGGCGCAUCGGACGUGGCAGAGGUGGAGAGACGACCAGUUACAGCAUUAUCAGAGCAAGCUUGAUGAGGAGCGGACUGUGAAGGAGGAGCUCAUGUACAGCUUGAGGAGGAGAAUGGAGGCAGCGUUUGCGGGUAGGGAGGCGCAGCUUGCGAGACGGAUGGUGGCGGAGAAGAGGUGGAUUAGAGAGGUUUUUCUCGAGAGGGAGCGGCUGCUUGUUGGGAUGGAACUUCAGGAGACGGAGGAUGAUGCGGAUAGUUUGUUUGCUACUGAGAGUUUUAACGAGUAG